GAUUUUCUGUAAUGGCCUGAAAUAAUACAGCCUAUGUGACGUUUUUUACAGCCACACGACUCUUUCUCCCAUUGAUUUACAUUAGGAGAGAGACCUCUGUAAAUCAGCGUAUUGUUUUUGGCAAAAUAAACAACUUGUAUUGCCCUUUUUUUAAUCAUUAUUAAAGUUAUGAAAUGCGCUACAAACCGUAACCAGGGUUAUUUUCUGAGCGGGGGAUCGGAGGCGGGGCUUAGGGAAAACUCGAAUGCGCAUGCGCUAUCGGCCCAGAAACGUCAGGCCCUUUUGGCUUCAUGCACUAAGGGACUGCAGCGUCCAUGUAAAGCAGUCGUUGAAAUAGCGCUGGGCUCUGUCGCUACCGUAGACUGUGUAUACAAAGGUCGCUGCGUUCACUUACAUGUCAAUCUGUUCCCUAUGUUCAUGUCAUAGGUGUGAGUCUAGAAGCUAGGCUAAGCUAUCAGUGCGCAUGUAGCUGCAUACAGCGAGGUCGCAGUAUGUUGAGGUUGUGGGUAAGGUCGGAGUUCCGGAUAGCGAAGGUCCUCUGUGUCUCCGGGGCUGUCAGUGUCAGAUGUAACGGAUCCUGCAGCGGCGCUUCAGCCAGGGCAUGGGUAAGACCCAGCGGGGCUGCCACGGGUUUAAAGACUUUCAACAGCCUGACCAAGCAGAAAGAGCCUCUGAUCCUGGCCAGAGAGGGAGUAGCUACCUGGUAUAGCUGUGGACCAACCGUAUACGACCAUGCACACCUGGGUCAUGCAUGCUCAUAUGUCAGGUUUGAUAUCCUGCAGAGGAUCCUGUCCAGGUUGUUUGGCAUCACUGUGAUCCAUGCUAUGGUGAUCACUGACGUGGAUGAUAAAAUCAUCAGAAGAAGCUGGGAGGAGAAUGUUUCCCCCAGCGUUUUAGCUUCAAUCUAUGAGGAUGAAUUCAAGAGGGAUAUGCUGUCUUUAAAGGUGACUCCCCCUGCGGUGUAUUUAAGAGUCACUGAGAAUGUGCAUCAUAUUGUUGCGUUUAUUGAAGGGAUCAUUAGAAAUGGACAUGCCUACGCCACAGAAGAAGGUGACGUGUAUUUUGACAUCCAGUCCAUUGGCGAUCGUUACGGCAAGUUUGUCGGAGCUGUGGAUCCUCAGGGAGAAGCUGGCAGCACACAUAAACGAGACUCGAGGGAUUUUGCUCUCUGGAAGAGGUCCAAACCUAAGGAGCCGUCCUGGGAGUCUCCGUGGGGCAGAGGAAGACCAGGCUGGCACAUCGAGUGCUCCACCAUCGCCAGCUCGGUGUUUGGCAGCCAGCUGGAUAUCCACUCCGGAGGGAUCGACCUGGCCUUUCCUCACCAUGAGAACGAGAUCGCUCAGAGUGAAGCCUACCAUCAGUGCGGACAGUGGGCUAACUACUUCCUCCACUCAGGACACUUACACCUGAGAGGCAGUGCAGAGAAAAUGUCAAAGUCUCUGAAGAACUUCGUCAGCAUCAAGGAUUUCCUGCAGUCCUACUCUGCCAACGAGUUCCGGAUGUUCUGUCUUCUGUCCAGAUACAGAUCAGCCAUAGACUACAGCCACAGCAGCAUGGUGGAGGCCCGCACCGCUCUAGGAACCAUCUCCACCUUCAUGCAGGACGCUAACGCCUACAUGAAGGGCCAGCUGCCCUGCACGCCUGUACAGGAAGCAUCUCUCUGGGAGAGUCUGGCUGAUACUAAAUCCAGCGUGCUGAAAGCCCUGGCAGACGACUUCGACACCCCGAGAGCCGUCAGCGCUGUGAUGAACCUGGUGCAUCACGGGAACUGCCAGCUGCAGCCUGUUUCCAAGAGUGACGGCGUGGCUCGGAGCCCCGCAGUGUUCGGAGCGAUGAUCAGCUACAUCUCAGAGAUCUUGGAUGUGUUCGGGGUCGAUCUGCUGCAGAGUAAGGAGGGGGAUGUGGUGACCAGCAGUGGGAGGCUGGGGGGGGUGGUGGAGCAGCUGACAUUUCAGAGUGAAGUGCGAGCGUUUGCACUCGCACGUCAGGACGCUCCUACCACUGGCAAAGCUGCACUUUACCCAGAGAGAGGGCCCCUCCUCAGAGCAUGUGACACUCUCAGAAAGGACCUGACCCCCCUGGGGGUGCUCAUCAAGGAUAGAGGACUCACCUCCACAUGGCAGCUAACGGAGGGGACACAGAGCGAGAGAGGCCAGGAUGAGGAGCAGGAGACCCCCACCUGAAAGACUCCAGUUUACUUUAAGCUGGACGACUCAACUGAAAGACUUCUUCUGUACAUCCUGAUAACAGAAGCGUACUCUGGGUGAAAUGCCUGAUGUGCCUGUCAUCAGCCAUGAAGUGUUUCAUUCGCUGCUUCAGAAGGUGUACCUGUCAGUGUAAGCAGUGUAACACACUGAAUGUUCAUUAGUUGUUUUAAUAAACAGAUGAUGGUGUGUAUGAAACACAGAAGGCCCAAA